AUGAGCAGGAGCGGCCCCCUAGAAGGGGCUGAUGGGGGAGGCGACCCCAGGCCAGGGGAACCCUUUUGUCCUGGAGGGGGUCCAUCCCCUGGGCCUCCAGAGCACCGACCUUGUCCUGGCCCCAGCUUGGCUGAUGACACGGAUGCCAACAGCAAUGGCUCCAGCGGCAAUGAGUCCAAUGGACCCGAGUCCAGGGGUGCAUCUCAGAGGAGUUCGCACAGCUCCUCCUCCGGCAAUGGCAAGGACUCGGCCCUGCUGGAGACCACUGAGAGCAGCAAGAGCACGAACUCUCAGAGCCCAUCCCCACCCAGCAGUUCCAUUGCCUACAGCCUCCUGAGUGCCAGCUCUGAGCCAGACAACCCUUCUACCAGUGGCUGCAGCAGUGAACAGUCAGCUCGGGCAAGGACUCAGAAAGAACUCAUGACGGCACUACGAGAGCUCAAGCUUCGGCUGCCCCCAGAGCGCAGGGGCAAGGGCCGCUCCGGGACUCUGGCCACAUUGCAGUAUGCGCUGGCUUGUGUCAAGCAGGUGCAAGCCAACCAGGAGUUCUACCAGCAGUGGAGCCUGGAGGAGGACGAACCGUGUGCCAUGGACAUGUCCACCUAUACUCUGGAGGAGCUGGAGCAUGUCACGUCUGAGUAUACACUCCGAAACCAGGACACCUUCUCCGUGGCUGUCUCCUUCCUGACAGGCCGCAUCGUCUAUAUUUCCGAGCAGGCGGGUGUCCUGCUGCGCUGCAAGCGGGACGUGUUCCGGGGUGCCCGCUUCUCGGAGCUCUUGGCUCCCCAGGAUGUGGGCGUCUUCUACGGUUCCACCACCCCAUCCCGCCUGCCCACCUGGGGCCCAGGGGCCUCCGCAGGUUCAGGCCUCAAGGACUUCACUCAGGAGAAGUCUGUCUUCUGUCGUAUCAGAGGGGGUCCUGACCGGGAUCCGGGGCCUCGGUACCAGCCAUUCCGCCUAACCCCAUAUGUGACCAAGAUCCGGGUCUCCGACGGGGCCCCUGCUCAACCAUGCUGCUUGCUCAUUGCAGAGCGCAUUCACUCUGGUUAUGAAGCUCCCCGGAUCCCUCCUGACAAGAGGAUCUUCACCACACGGCACACGCCCAGCUGCCUCUUCCAGGACGUGGAUGAGAGGGCUGCCCCGCUGCUGGGCUACCUCCCCCAGGACCUCCUGGGGGCCCCAGUGCUCCUCUUCCUGCAUCCCGAGGACCGACCCCUCAUGCUGGCCAUUCACAAAAAGAUCCUGCAGCUGGCCGGCCAGCCCUUUGACCACUCGCCUAUUCGCUUCUGUGCCCGUAACGGGGAGUAUGUCACCAUGGACACCAGCUGGGCUGGCUUUGUGCACCCCUGGAGCCGCAAGGUGGCCUUUGUGUUGGGCCGCCACAAAGUACGCACGGCACCCCUGAAUGAAGAUGUAUUCACUCCCCCGGCCCCCAGCCCCGCUCUGUCCCUGGACUCUGACAUCCAAGAGCUCUCGGAGCAGAUCCACCGGCUGCUGUUACAGCCUGUACACAGCCCCAGCCCCACGGGCUUCUGUGGAGUCGGCCCAGUGCCUUCCUCCGGCCCUCUCCUCAGCCCUGGCUCCUCCAGUGACAGCAACGGGGGUGAUGCCGAGGGACCUGGGCCUCCUGCCCCGGUGACCUUCCAGCAGAUCUGUAAGGAUGUGCACCUGGUGAAGCAUCAGGGGCAGCAGCUUUUUAUUGAGUCCCGGGCCCGGCCUCUGCCCCGGCUCCGCGUCCCUUCUACUGGCACAUUCAAGGCCAAGACCCUUCCCUGCCAAUCCCCAGACCUGGAGGCGGCCCCAGCUCCAAUCCAGGCCCCAUUGGCCUUGGCCGUUGAGGAGGCUGAGCGGAAAGAAGCCUCCAGUUGCUCCUACCAGCAGAUCAACUGCCUGGACAGCAUCCUCAGGUCAGGCCAUCCUGGCAGCUUCUCUGCCUGGGGCCCCAGCCCUGACCCACCCAGACCCUGCCCUCAUGUCCUCUGGUGCCUCCUCAGGUACCUGGAGAGCUGCAACCUCCCCGGCACCACAAAGCGCAAAUGUGCCUCCUCCUCUUCCUGCACUGCCUCUUCAGCCUCUGAUGACGACAAGCAGCGGACAGGCCCAGUCUCGGUGGGCGCCAAGAAAGAUGCAUCAGCAGUGCUGCCCGGGGAGAGGGCCACCCCUCUGAAGGAGCCAGUGGCGGGAGGAGGAGCCCUGAGCCCGCUCGCCCUGGCCAAUAAGGCGGAGAGUGUGGUGUCCGUCACCAGUCAGUGUAGCUUCAGCUCCACCAUCGUCCAUGUGGGAGACAAGAAGCCCCCGGAGUCGGAUAUCAUCAUGAUGGAGGACGUGCCCAGCCUGCCUCCCGGUCCAGCCCCCAGCCCAGCCCCCAGCCCCACGGUAGCCCCUGAGCCAGCCCCAGACGCCUACCGCCCAGUGGGCCUGACCAAGGCCGUGCUGUCCCUGCACACUCAGAAGGAGGAGCAGGCCUUCCUCAGCCGCUUCCGCGACUUCAGCAGGCUGCAUGGACUGGACAGCUCCUCCACAGCCCCCUCAGCCCCUGGGGAUCGAGGCUGCCACCACAGCCCUGCCACCCCCGGCCGCCGCCACCACUGCCGAUCCAAAGCCAAGCGCUCACGUCACCACCAGACAGCUCGGGCCGAAGCCCCCGCCUACAUUUCCCAGCCCUCGCCUGUGCCACCCUCUGCCCCGUGGCCCCCGCCACCAGCCACUCCUCCCUUCCCAGCUGUGGUCCAGCCAUACCCCCUCUCCGUGUUCCCUCCGAGAGGCGGCCCUCAGCCUCUCCCUCCUGCUCCCACGUCUGUGCCUCCUGCAGCUUUCCCUGCCCCCCUGGUAACCCCCAUGGUGGCCUUGGUGCUCCCUAACUAUCUGUUCCCUACCCCAUCCACCUAUCCCUACGGGGCACCCCAGAUGCCUGCUGAGGGGCCUCCGACCCCCGCCUCCCACUCUCCUUCUCCAUCCCUGCCCCCGCUGCCCCCCAGCCCUCCCCACCACCCCGACUCUCCGCUCUUCAACUCAAGAUGCAGCUCCCCACUCCAGCUAAACCUGCUGCAGCUCGAGGAGCCCCCUCGCAGUGAGGGGGGUGCAGCGGCAGGGGGCUCUGGGAGCAGUGCUGGACCCCCCCCUCCCAGCGAGGCUGAACCAGAGGCCAGACUGGCGGAGGUAACUGAGUCCUCCAACCAGGAUGCUCUCUCGGGCUCCAGUGACCUGCUGGAGUUGCUGCUGCAAGAGGACUCUCGAUCUGGCACGGGCUCUGCUGCCUCGGGCUCCUUGGGCUCCGGCUUGGGCUCUGGUUCAGGCUCCCAUGAGGGGGGCAGCACUUCCGCCAGCAUCACACGUGACAGUCAAAGCAGCCACACAAGCAAGUACUUUGGCAGCAUCGAUUCUUCAGAGGCUGAGGCUGGGGCUGCCCAGGCCAGAGCUGAGCCUGGGGACCAGGUCAUUAAGUACGUGCUCCAGGAUCCCAUCUGGCUGCUCAUGGCCAAUGCUGACCAGCGUGUCAUGAUGACUUAUCAGGUGCCCUCCAGGGACAUGGCCUCUGUGCUGAAGCAGGACCGGGAGCGGCUCCGGGCCAUGCAGAAGCAGCAGCCUCGGUUCUCGGAGGACCAGCGGAGGGAACUGGGUGCUGUGCACUCCUGGGUCCGGAAAGGUCAACUGCCUCGGGCCCUUGAUGUGAUGGCCUGUGUGGACUGCGGCAGCAGCACCCAAGAGCAUGGCCAUCCUGAUGACCCUCUCUUCUCAGAAGUGGAUGGACUGGGGCUGGAGCCCAUGGAGGAGGGCGGAGGCGAGGGUGGUGGUGGUGGUGGUGAGGGUGAGGGCAGCGAUGAGGCCCAGGCCCAAGCUGGGGCCAGAGUCUCGAGCUCUCAGGACCUGGCCAUGGAAGAGGAGGAGCAAGGUGGGAGCUCACCCAGUCCAGCCUUACCUGCCACAGAAAAUGGCACCAGCUAG